AUGAACAAGACGAGUUGCAAACUGAUACAGAAGGAGAAAGGACCCUGCCCACGAGGGCUUACAGUCUACAAGGAUAUUUAUCUGCAGAUCACUAAUGUUAAAAGUCCAACCUCUGCUGAACUUCUGAUUUCAUGGACCUCCAGCUCUACUUUGGUGUCCUUCUUUAUGCUUGAUCUUCGUGUUGUGAACAAUGCAACCAUCGCUCCCAUCACUGUCAUGGUCAGCACUUCUACCCGAUCCAGGGUCAUCCAAGGUCUACGUGCAGGGACCUUUUAUAAUAUAACACUGAGAUCAUAUCAAUCUAAUGGAGCAGUGCUUGCAACAGCCUCGGUGCAGUCACAGACAAUACCUGCAACUCCACAGAUUACAACAUCCAACGGCAUAUCCAGCACCCAGAUCACAGCCGGGUGGUCCUCUCAGUUUGGUGUAGAUUACUACUUUCUGAUGCUGACGCUUGGUACUGAAACUAUUAACCGGACCUUCAGUACCUUGAACUGCAGCAUUUCUGGACUUCAGCCAUCAUCCCUCUACAGUCUCACCUUAUACGCUUUUAAUUCUGCUGGACCCAGUGCAGCAAGCAAGCGUAUCACUGUCCUCACCUUAACUCCACCACCAAUGGAUAUCACUGUGACUUCAUUUUCGAGUUUGUCUGUAACCUUAUCUUGGUCAAAUGUUGAGAAGGCACUACUGUAUGGGAUCUUUGUUUAUGAAGAUGGAGCAACCUCUAACUUGGCCUUUCUCAGGAAAACCACUUCCACCACAGUCUUGGUGGAUAAUCUCCUUCCAUGCACUAAAUAUAUUUUCGGUGUUACAUCUUAUAACUGGUUUUACACAGCUGGGGAAGAGAAACAGGUGUUGCAGGAAACUACAAGGCUGGAAUCUCCUCAAGUUGUGACUAUUCAGUACAACAGCAACAUGGGGACUGCAUUAUUAUCCUGGACAUUACGUAAUGGAGCUACUUCAUAUAUGGCUUCUGCAAAAUCAAAAGAGGGGCAUGAGGCAUCAUGUACAUCCACCUCCACCAGUUGUAACCUACAGAACCUUCUGUGUGAACAGACAUACAAUGUGACCGUCAGAGCUGUCAGUAAUGGUUGCACCAGCAAUAGCAGUGAAACGUUGACUCUAGAAACAGCUCCGUGUGCUCCACAGAAUGUGACAAUCAUCCGUGAAUGCCAGAUAAAUACCGUCCUCCUAUACUGGAACCCUGUAACUAGUGCCACUAAAUACAUUGCCAAUGCUUUCGCUCCAGAUGGAAGCAAAGAGGAAUGUGUGAACAGGGAUACCUACUGCUUCUUUAUGAACUUGAUGUGUGGGACAGAGUAUGAGAUGAGUAUAUUUGCUGUAAGCGGUAAUGUAAAUGGUUCUAGGAGCCAAGGAGUUAAAGUAAGAACAGCACCUUGUGACCCACAAAAUGUUGAAGCCAUUGUUCAAUGUCAAGACAAUACAUUAGUGGUGUCUUGGAGUCCAUCAGUUGGGGCUGUGGUCUACAGAGCAUCAGCCUUAGGAAGCAGUGGCAUUUCCUACAACUGUUCCUCAGUGACUACCAGCUGUCAGAUCGAAGGACUGCAGUGCGGUGAAAGUCUGUCCUUGUCUGUGACUGCCUAUGAUGAGGAGUGUCCCAGUAUGAGUAGUACUCCGGAGACGUUUGUAACAGGUAUUUCAAAACUGGAAAAGAAGACAGACUUUGGUAUUCCAUGUGCACCUAAAGCCAUUUCAGCCAUGACUGACUGCAAAACCCGAUCAACGCUCAUUCAAUGGGACAACAGUGAAGGGGCAGUUCAGUACAUUGCACGUGUAAAAGCAAGCGAUGGCUCCGAAUAUUCCUGUGAAUCCUUCCUUCUAAGCUGUUAUUUGUAUGACUUACCAUGCAGUCAGACCUACACGGUAUAUGUCACUGCCAACAACUACCAGUGCAUGAGCCCCUACAGUCCAGCCAUGGAGGUCAAAGCAGUUCCCUGCGCUCCUCAGAUUGUCGGUACUAAUGUCAUUUGCAAUAAAAAUUCGAUGUUUGUCACCUGGAGCGAGGACACUGGAAAUCUAACAUUCACAGCUACCGCAUGGGGUGGCUCCGACCAUUAUAACUGCACCACCGGAGAAAAUUAUUGUGAAAUCAACAAUGUUACCUGUGGGCAAUGGUACUCUGUUUCUGUUGAUGCCGAUAAUGGUCAGUGCGUCUCUUCUUCCAAUCAGAGUGCACCAUUAUAUUCAGCUCCUUGCAAACCAACAGAUGUGUCUGCUAAAAGUAUAUGUGUUAAUGGUAGCAUUCAGAUAUCCUGGACAAACAGUUCUGGAAACGAUGUAGAUACCUAUGUGGCUGAAAUGCAAAGCCGUGAUGGUGUGACCCCAAUGAUGUGCCACUCCACAACAGGAUCUUGUGUGAUCGAAGACGUUAAGUGUGGAGAAGUUUACAGAGCAACAGUCACAGCAGUGGGUAACACCUGCCAGACCCCUUCCGAUCCAUUUUCAGUGGAAGCAGUACCCUGCGUUCCUACAAACUUGGAAUCCCAGGUUGAUACACACCUUGUGGAUGUGUCCUGGUCCAAUUCAGCUGGAGCUGUCAAUUAUACCAGUGUCAUAACAGGAAAUGAUGGAGUCAAACAUUAUUGUCACGCUUCAAAUACAAGUUGCUUGGUGGCAGAACUCAUGUGCGGCUCCCAGUAUAGUAUGGCUGUGACAGCCCAUGGCCAGUACUGCAGCAGUAACACAAGUUACAUUGAAACCUUUCAGACGGCGCCAUGUACUCCACAGAAUGUGACCGCUGGAGUGGACUGCGUGACUAAUAUUGCAACUGUAGCAUGGAACAAGAGCUUGGGAGCAGACAAUUAUACCGCUCUGGUCAUUACCCCAGAUGGGGGACAUUAUGCUUGCUAUUCUACUACAACAUCCUGUGACAUCAUAGGGUUAACGUGUGGUCAGAAGCAUGAAGUUACUGUCUCGGCAGCUAAUAAGUACAGCAACAGUAUAGGCAGCCUGCCAGUAGAACUGCUAACCGCACCUUGCACCCCAACUAACAUGACACCUCUGAUUAGCGCUGAAGCUGUGAAUGUAUCCUGGUUGGGCUCAUUUGGAGCUAUAAGUUACACAACUGUCAUAACAGGAUUCGAUGGCGACAAGUACGAAUGUCACACUACAAACACGAGCUGCAUGGUGACAGACCUCAAGUGCGGCUCCCAGUAUAGUAUGGCUGUGACAGCGAAUGGCCAGUACUGCAGCAGUAACACCAGUUACACACAAUCCCUCCAAACAGCUCCUUGUACUCCACAAAAUGUGACUGCAACGGUGGAUUGUGUGACAAAUGUUGCAACCAUUGUAUGGGACCUCAGCGCGGGAGCAGAAAACUACACCGCUUUGGCAACUGUUCCAGAUGUUGGAGAUUAUGUUUGCCAUUCCACUACCACAAUCUGCGACAUCGUGGGGUUAAAGUGUGGACAGAAAUACCUAAUAACUGUCUUUGCAGCCAAUAAGAAUAGCUACAGUAAAGCAAGCCUGCCCAUAGAACUGCUCACCGCUCCUUGUGUCCCAGUACAGGAGAUACCACAGUUCAACUGUUCCAACAACUCAGUUUCCUUGUCUUGGCAUCAGACUCCUGGCGCCAUGAGUUACAUCGCCAAUGUGACUAGUUCAGUAGGCGAGAUGUUCUCCUGUCAUACAACAGAUACAAACUGCAUUAUCAAUCAGCUAAAGUGUGGACAAACGUACAAUGUGACAGUUACUGCCAUCAAUACUCAAUGUAGCGGGCCAGCUGCCAUCCCAAUUAAACUCAUGUCUGCUCCCUGCCAGCCUCAUAAUGUGGUUUCAGAUGUAGACUGCUCCAGUUCAGUGGUCACGUUGAGCUGGGACGAGUCCCUUGGAGCUCAGAGUUAUUAUUCAAUGCUGAGGACCCCAGAAAACCAGUAUCUUAUAUGUAACAAUACUGACCUUGGCUGUGAGAUCCAUGAGCUGCCAUGUGGUCAGACCUAUGACGUGAUGGUGACAGCAGUGAAUGAUCAGUGCAAGAGUAUACCCAGCUCACCAACUGCCUUGUAUACAGUUCCUUGUGUGCCAAGUCAAGUUCAAGCUAAUAUAAAUUGCGAGUCCACUGUAGUAACUCUAUCAUGGGCUGAGACAGCAGGAGCAAUGAAUUAUACAGCAGUCGCUACUGGACCUCAGGGAGAUCAGCAUUAUUGCCAAACCAGCAACUCUUCCUGCAGCUACAAACAACUCUCCUGUGGUCUAAAAUUUGAUGCUUCCAUCGUUGCAGUGGGAAGGAGCUGCAGAAGUAAUUUCAGUACAGCUGUUACGUUUUACACAGCUUCUUGCGCAGCAAGCAACAUUGGCGCACAGCACAUCUGUGGCAGUGACUACGCAGACAUCACUUGGGAGGCAGCCCCAGGAGAAGUCACAUAUACAGCUAUGCUCAGCACUGAGGAAGGAGGGAAAAGCAUAUGCAACACAUCCGAUUCCAGAUGUACAAUUUAUGGCUUAAUAUGUGGUCAGAAAUAUGCAGUAAUGGUGGAGACGUCUGGGCCAAGUUGUAGCAGCAGAGUCAACGCCACAGAUUAUGUUUUUACAGCACCCUGCAAGCCUCAGAAUGUCACUACAGUCAUUGACUGCCAGACCAACCAUGCAGUUCUGUCCUGGAGCAGGACACCUGGGGCUGAUAAUUAUUUAGCAUCUAUUAUUGGACCAGAAGUAGAUGGACUUACAUGUGAAACCACAUCAACUACCUGUGACCUUGAUCAUCUAAACUGUGGACUCACGUAUCCCUUAGUUAUCACACCGUCCAAUGUAAGAUGCGAAGGUGAAAGCAGCAUUGUCACCCAACUUGUCACAGCUCCUUGUGCUCCUGACCAUGUUGUGACAGACAUGCACUGUGAUACCAGAUCAUUGGUUCUGUCUUGGAAUCCGAUAGCUGAUGCUGAAAAUUUCACCUCUAUCUUGAUGGGAUCUGAUGGUGUCAAUAGAACAUGCAAAUCUACAGAAGCGAAUUGCACCUUUCUUAGCCUGCCUUGUGGACUGGAACACACUGCAUCCGUGUAUGCCACGAACAAAUACUGUAAUGGGCCAAGAAGUAAAAAUGUCAAGAUCCAUUCUGCCCCUUGUGUACCGGAGGAUGUACAUCCUUCCCUGAGCUGUGCAGAUAAUUCAGUACAGGUAUCUUGGGCUGAUUCACCUGGAGCCUUUAACUAUACAUUAUUAAUGACCAGCUCACAUGGAGGGCACAGCUGCAGCAGUGAGGACACCACUUGUCAGGUACAGGAUUUGCUAUGUGGGGAAAUCUACACUAUAGCAGUCAAGGCACACAACGAGCUUUGCAGCAGUAAGGAAAGUAAUGUCACCAAGCUUCUAACAGUUCCAUGCUCUCCAGUGAAUUUACAGGCUGAUAUUACCUCUGAUUUGGUUGUUCUGACCUGGAAAGAUGCACAAGGUGCAGUGAAUUACACCAUAGAGGUAACAGACACUAUUGGAGAAAAAUACACGUGUCAAACACCCCAUACGUCAUGUGAAAUGAAAAAUCUCCCGUGUGGUCAUCAGUACUAUAUGUCAGUGAUAGCUACUGGAGCCCAAUGCAGUAAAGUCAGUGAAAGCUAUACGUUUCAAACAGCCCCCUGCCCUCCUCAGAAAGUGUUAACAGAGCUCCACUGCGCAAGUAAUUUAGUGACAGUUUCAUGGAACAUAAGUUCAGGUGCUGACAGAUACCAAGCUGAAGCUGUUGGGACAAAUGGCGAAAAAUCUAUCUGUAACUCCACAAAUACGUAUUGUAGCUUCACUGACCUGAUAUGUGGAACGGUAUACCUGGUUACUGUAACAGCAAACAAGGAAGCAAGCAGUAGCGAGCCAAGUUUAUCUGCUGAAUUAACAACUGCUCCCUGUGUCCCAAUCCAGGAAGCACCCCAACUCAAUUGCUACAACAAUUCUGCUAUCCUGUCUUGGAGUCAAACAUCUGGUGCCAUCAGUUAUAUUGCCAAUGUUUCUGGUCCAGGAGAAGACAUAUAUUCUUGUCAAACGGAAGACACUGAAUGCACAAUUAAGGAUUUGAGAUGUGGUCAGACGUACCGUGUGACAGUGACUGCCAUCAGCAAGCAAUGCAGUGGUCUGGCAUCUGCCCUGGUUACACUUACAACCGGUCCAUGCCAACCUCAGAAUGUGGUCUCUAACAUCAGUUGUUUCAGCUCUUCAACUCUUCUGAGCUGGGAUGAAACCCCUGGAGCUGUGAGAUAUGUUUCCAGUUUGAUAUUACUUGGUGAAGAGGAUAUUGUAUGUAAUAGUACAGAUACCGUCUGUGAAAUCACUGGCUUGGCAUGUGGACAGAGCUACUAUGUGAUGGUGACAGCAUUUAGCAGUGAAUGUCAGAGUACACCCAGCGCUCUACUUGAGCUCUACACAGUGCCAUGUGUGCCACCUGAACUACAAGCUCUGGUUGACUGUGAAACUCAUUGGACAACCAUGUCUUGGACAACUGUAGUUGGAGCUGAGAAAUACACUGUAGUGGUCACUGGGCCUCAGAUGGAGCAGUAUUACUGCAAUACAAUCAACUCUUCAUGCAACUUUACACAACUACCAUGUGGUCUUGUAUAUGAGGCAACUAUUCUUGCAGCUGGAAAGAUAUGCAGCAGUACAGUAAGCUCGGCCAUUACAUUUCACUCAGCGCCAUGUUUUGCAAGUAAUAUAGAAUUCCAUUAUCAGUGUGGUGCAGAACAUGCAGUGGUGUCCUGGGAUGCAGCUCUUGGGGGAAUGAAUUAUACAGCCUCCGUCCACACACAGAAGUGGGAUGUGGCUAACUGCAGCACAGAGGACACAAACUGUAUUGUUAGCGAUUUACAGUGUGGACAAGUCUACUCUGUGAUGGUGGAUUCCUUUGGGACAGAGUGCAGCAGCAGAACCAUCUCUCCAGAACUGACUCACACAGAACCCUGUGUGCCUCAGAGCGUCUCAGUCGAUAUUGACUGCCAGACAAACGGUGCUGCUGUAUCAUGGGACAGCACUCCCGGAUCUACGAAUUAUACUGCGGCACUGCGCACCUUGGAUGGCGAGAUGCAUACCUAUCAUACCACGUCUACUUACUGUAAUAUCACUGGUCUGAGCUGUGGUGUCACAUAUACUGUCAGUAUAACCGCAUAUAAUGACCAGUGUCAAGGGGCAAGCAGCACGGUAGUGGAGUUGAUCACAGCUCCCUGUCCACCAGAACAUGUCCACGCAGAGACGGACUGUGGUACAAAUGCUUUAGUCAUUUCUUGGAGGCAGAGUAAUGGUGCUGACAGCUUCACCUCCCUUCUAACCACACCAACCGGGAACAUGACUGGUAUAUCUGAACAAGCAAACUGCACCUUCUAUAACCUGCCAUGCGGAACUGAUUUCAUGGCGGUGGUGUCAGCUACCAACAGCCGCUGUACUGGACCCAUGAGCACAUAUGUAAAGGCCCAGACUGCACCUUGUACUCCCAUGAAUGUGAACACAGCCCUGAACUGCAUUGAUAACUCAGCGCUGGUUUCCUGGAGCCAUUCUCCAGGAGCAUUAAACUACUUUUCCUCAUUGAUCGGAUCAGAAGGAGAAAGGUACAACUGUAGCAGUCCUACCACAUCAUGCUGGAUGAGAAAUGUCCCGUGCGGUGGAGAAUAUACUGUAGCAGUGAUGGCUCAGAACAACGUCUGUAACAGUGUAGACAACAGCAUUCCUGUACUGGAAACAUGUCCUUGUGCCCCACAAAAUAUGUCCAUAUUUACAGCCUGUGACUCUAACCAGGUUAUGCUGCAGUGGCUUGCAUCUUCAUACGUUACAGAAUAUAAAGUCAAUGUAAUAUCAUCAGAUGGGAUGAAUUAUAUGUGCAACACAACAAACACCACCUGCAGCAUCGGAGGACUUCAGUGUGGAGAGGCGUAUACUGUGACUGUCACAUUAUUCAAUCAUCAUCUGGCUAAUAUCAGCCUAGAAGAGAAAACAUUUACGACAGCCCCUUGUGUUCCACAAAAUGUAAAAACAACAGUUAUGUGCGAGUCAAAUACAACAAAAGUGUCUUGGGAUCAGACCCCAGGAGCCCUGAACUCUACUGCUAUGGUCAGUGGAGAUGACGGAAAAGCACAUUCGUGUACCACAGAAGGCACAACAUGUGACAUUGAGAACCUGGAUUGUGGGCGAACCUACCAAGUAGUCGUCACCUCAUAUGGGGAACAAUGUAAAACUGAGAGUCCAGCUGUCGAAUUCCAUACAGCUCCUUGUGUUCCUGCUAAUCUUGUGAGCUCUGUGACUUGUGAGAUGUAUUCUGUAUCUCUGUCAUGGGAUGAGACUCCUGGAGCAACCACAUACACAGUCACAGCUCGUGCAGGACAGAAUGAGACCUCUAUGACAACCACAAAUACCUACUAUGAAUUCGACAACCUAUUAUGUGACAUGGAGUAUGACAUCAUCCUGAGUAGUAAAUCUGCAAGUUGCUUCAGCAAUGGGAAUAAUUCUAUUCAAAUCAAGACAGUUCCUUGCCCUCCCCAGAUUUUAGAAGCCUAUGCGUCAUGUGAUAAUAAUUCUGGUUUUAUACAAUGGGAAGUCAGCCGCAAUGCCAGGUCAUUUACAGCUGUAGUGGAAGGAGUCAAUACUGUGACUUGCAGCACAACUGGCACUGUCUGUGAGACCCCCGAACUAGAAUGUGGACAGAAUUACACAGUAACUGUUUGGGCUGAAGAUGGAACGUGCACGGGGCAGAACAGUACAAAAACAACAUUUAAGACAGAAACCAUAAAGGAAUCCUGA